AUGAAUGGUAUCGAGUUACGGUAUCUGUAUAAUCAUUCGAAAUGUAGGAAUAAAGCUUUCCGUGAUGAAGAUAUCAUGAAAUGGUUCAUCAGCUGGCAUAACUUUUAUUGCGCCUCCGAUGAGGUGACCGUGAGAGCCUCCGGCGGUGGUGCAGUGAGCGCACGUCAUCCCUAUGGUGGCCAUCUCUAUGCGGCGGAGAGAAAUACGAAGAAAAACCUCCUGCGAGCUCGGAAAGGGGGCCCUCCUGCCGAAGCAAUGAGAGGGGAGAGGAAGGAGGCCCUGAGAGGGAAGAGGAAGUGGCUGCUGGAGUGGACGCUCGAGGCGGAGUGGGCAGCAAUUGGUGUGCGACUGGCGACCUACCGGCCCUGUGGGUGGGGGCGGAAGAAAAAACCCAGCCGUCUCCUCCCUCGAAAGCUUUCCACCGCUUCUCGCGUCGUCUUCUUCUUCUUCAUGGAUCCUUUCGCUUGGAGCAUCAACGCAGACAGCUCCGCCCCGUCGACGGUGAUUCCCGGGUGGGAAGCCGACGCAGGCGGCGUUAUUCUUAGCAUUGAGGCGCGGGUGGUGUUACGGCUCUUGGCGGGUGACCAAGACAUGAUGCCGCCCCAAUUGAUCUCACACUUUUGCCGGCGGAGGAUUCCUUCUUCCGACGACGUCGCCGCCGAACACUCCCACUUCACCAUCCCCCAGCCCUACUACCACAUCAACAAUGAGCCCGCCUGGGAGGUGCAGACGCAGGGGAUGCUCUACCGCGUCGCGGCGAAUCAUGUGCGCCCUGCCGACCUCGACCUUCUCGCUCGAGCUUUCCGCACAUACACCUACGCGGUGCUCGACCUAUUUCCGAUCACGGAUUUGGUCGUUAUGGAGUUCUUCUCAGUCAUUGAAAUCCCCGACGCUCCUUCCUCUUCUGACAGCCACCUUCGCUAUUUGAUUCCUCUGGAGACCUACGAAUACUUUUUCGAGGACGACGACGAUGUCGACGUCGUCCAGUUCGGCAGAGGGCCGUGGCGGGCGUCGGCAGAGGCGGUGGAGGGGCUUCGGAUGGUGACUACGACGAGAGAAGAUACCUCGUGUCCCAUAUGCCUCGAUGACUUGGAGGAGAUGAAUCAGGUUCUGGCGAUGCCUUGCGGCCAUCCGUUUCACGAAGGGUGUCUGCUGGAGUGGCUGAAGCGUAGCAAUUCUUGCCCCCUCUGCAGAUUCUCACUUCCGGACCCUGAGUAGUCUCUGGAUCUAUUGCAAUUGAGGAAAGAAAUUUCUGAUCAGUU